AUGGCUGAUCAGAAGACCCCGUUGACCAAGGCGUUUGUGGUCGAGCAUCUGGAUCCGGAACUUGGUCCUUGGUCGGCGCUGGAAUAUGGCUGUAUUGCGCGCGAAUCGCAUGCUCGCGGGGCACGAUUCCUACUUAGCUCUGUGCCCGCCGAGCUGCAGAUGCCCGCCGAUUUAGCGGCCACCCAAGGCUUGGAGGUGGAGCAGCGCAGUGUCGAAGAUAUUUUCGCUGAUAUCAAGGACCGCGUUUGCCUGCUGGAUCCUGCGGCUCAGGUUGAAUUGAGCCCAGCCGACGGGGAGAACUUUGAUGUCUUCUUGUUUGGUGGAAUCCUUGGCGACGAUCCCCCUCGAGACCGGACUUCGGAGCUGCGUAAAAAGGGCUACGCAGGCCGUCGUUUGGGGCCCAAGCAAAUGACCACUGAUACAGCGGUGCGAGUAACCCGUUUGGUGGUUCACGAGAAAGUGCCAUUGGAAGACAUUUCCUAUGUCGACUACCCUGAAAUCCAUGUUAGUGAACACGAACGCACUGAGAUGCCAUUCCGCUAUGUGGUUGAUGCUAAGGGCCAGCCCAUCAUGCCUGAUGGGAUGGUGGAUCUGAUUAAAAAGGAUGCGGACAAGGGUGUCGACGAUCUUUUCUGA